AAGUGUAUGAUGUGUGAAGUGUUUCCUUCCCCUCUCACAAACAUCUUUGCUUCCCAUAUUCUCCUUCAUAAGCUUAUAGCAUCAUAUCUAUAAAUGUUUUUCUUGAAAAUUAAUGUCUUUUGAAGUCCAGGUGAAGGAUUUUCUCACUUAGCCUGAAAUUUGCAUGCCGUCUGUGUUCCCAGAAAGCCCGAAAUAAUGGUGGAUAACUUGGAAUUCCUUUUUUCCCUCAAUAUUUCCAGCUAACCAAGCGGAAAUCGUUGCUUUCUGUCAUCAAUUUGUAGAUUCAUACUUUCAGCUACCCUUCCUUCCAUUCUUUCACGAAAAAAGUAAUAAUUUUCUGGGAAAUUUCCAUCGUUUUGCCGUUGUCUGUUUGAAAUGUAUGUCUGAAUUUUGUGUUGUGAUCUGCUGGUAAAAUAAAAGAUAGAGGUUUCCGUUUUCGACUCUUAAGUACUAAGUGGGAGAAAAAGUAAGCUGCCAUCGAAGCAAGCAAAAGAUGUCUAACGGAGCAGAUUGUUGUAUCCCGAUGCCAAAUGGCAAGGAUGAUCAGAACAAAAAGGGCUGGAAAUUUUACACCUUCUUCGUUGGGUCAAUUGUAUUUUCGUGCAUUAUUUUUGGGCUUUUAAUCGCUAGCUUAAAAGUGGAUGGAUUGCAAAAUUGUAAGAUUUGGGAUUUCGAAUUAUGGAAAUGGUGUGUGUUACUAUUGGUUGUUCUGUGCGGUGGACUGACUGUGUACCUGUUCCUACUUGCUUUGGAGUCGUUGAUUAUUGAGAAGUUCCUUUCCGAGGUCGGAGUGGUUUAUUACUUUCAUGGAUUAAAGAGGAGUGUUUUGGUUUUUAUUUGGCUGGCUUUGGUCUUUUUAGCUUGGGUUUUGUUGUUUGAUCGUGGGGAUAAUAAGCAAAACGAGGAUAAAAAGAAGACUGUAAAUGGUGCUACUAGAGGUAUUGGUGGUUGUCUCAUUGGAGCUGCUCUAUGGUUAUUGAAAACUUUGUCAGUUAAGCUUGCAGCUUCUUUCCAUAUGAAGAAUUUGUUUGAGAAAAUUAAAGCGGCAGACCGUAGUCGUAAGAUCUUUGAAUCCAUUUCAACGAAGCCCCAGGACGGCACAAUGAAGUAUACAACAACAGAGUUAUUUGAUGCGAUUCGGAAUAAAAAGCUACCUAAUCUUUGCUAUGAGAAGAAAGAAAUCACAGAUGAGAACACAGCAGCGAAUACUGCUAAUGAGAUUUUCAAGAAAUUUGAACGUGGUGAUGAUGAAAGAUACAUGGACAUGGAUGACUUACUGAAACACAUACCUGCUGAUGUGGACGAUUAUAAGCAUUUCAAGGCAGUUGCAGAGAAAAAACAGAAGGACGAAGGUGAACAGAUCAAGAGAUCAGUUUUCAGGAGUUGGGUGGUUUCACUUUACAACAGCUAUGACUCUGUGAACAGCGCCUUGAAACAAAGGAAAACGGCUGUUGACGAGUUGAACAAAUUGGCUUCCGUGAUUGCGCUUGUUAUUAUCAUUAUAGUGUGGUUGCUUUUCAUGGAAUAUUUAAGCACCAAAGUACUCGUCUUCAUAUCUUCUCAAUUCCUACUUGUAGUUUUCAUGUUUGGAAACACUACCAAGACUAUAUUUGAAGCCAUCGUGUUCGUAUUUAUCAUGCACCCCUUUGAUGUUGGCGAUCGGUGUGUUAUUGAUGGUAUACAGGCAAGUCCCUAAUCUCAAAACCCUCUCAUGCAUGAUUCAUUUAGCUAAUAAUAAUGAUUAAUAUUUUGAUACUUACACUGAUUUCAGAUGAUUGUUGAAGAGAUGGAAAUACUAAAGACGACCUUUCUGAAAUAUGAUAAUGAAAAGAUAUACUAUCCGAACUCAGUUUUAGCUACCAAACCCAUUAGCAACUUAUACAGGAGUCCAUCAAUGUCGGAUUCUUUCGAAUUUGCUAUUGAUCUUCAUACUUCAAAGGAGAAAAUUAAGAAUUUACAAGAAAGCAUCAAAAAGUACAUGGAGGGCAAUCCCAGGCGCUGGAGUCCUGCUAGUCACAGCCUGCAGUUCAAGGAGAUAGAGGAUAUGAAUAAAUUGAAAGUGGCUCUCUAUUUCAAACACACCAUAAACUUUCAUGAUGUUGGAAAGAGGAGCAAACGAAGAUCCGAGCUCGUCUUGAGGAUGAAAAAUUUUUUUGAAAAUCUUGAUAUUAAAUAUUAUCCAUUGCCUCAAAAAGUUCACCUCGUCUAUGGAGCUUGUUUGGGAAAUAGUACCUCUCACCCUUCUGCUGUUCAGAGACGUUCCUUCUCUUUCUAAAGUAUGAUUAAUUAGGUUAAUUAUUAUCGUUUUCUUUCUGUGUGUAAGUCAAGUCUUAUGUAUUACUUGAAGAUUCAAAUAAAUUGU